UACGACCUGUUGUAUUCAGUAGUACAAUUAUGUGGUCGACAGCUGUCCUUUUCCUCCUAGUGGGGCUCGCUUUUGCUUCAAACAAUCCAGCAUGGACCGACAACCAGGAAUAUGUCUACAAAAUUCGUGGAAGAACUCUGACCGGACUCAUGGAAGUCUCUGACCAAUACGCAGGAAUCUUAUUUAAGGCUACUCUUAGAAUCCAACCCAGAAACGAAGGACAAGAACUACAAGCUUUACUCACAAACCCAGAAUAUACUCAAAUUCAUUCCGUAUUGAGUGAUUCUUGGAAAACUCAAUUCCCAGAUGAAGAACUCAGCUGGAAACCCCUUGCUAUGAGUCAAAAGCCUUUCCAAAUCAAAAUGCAGAAUGGCAAAAUUGUUGACCUCAUUGUCAGCAAGGUUGUUAAAAACUGGGAAGCCAAUAUGAUCAAAGGUAUUGUCAGCGCAUUCCAAAUAAAUGUCAACGGAGAAAAUGUUCUCCCCAGCUCCAUUAAUGUCUUGCCCACCUCUCAAUCCAACAAUGCUGUUUUCUUGACCAUGGAAGAUACAGUAUCCGGGGAAACUGAAACCUUAUACGAAAUCAGACCAGUCUCAGAAUACCAGUUCGAUUUUGCUAAAGAAGGUAAACAUUUCCAAGAAUGGAAACAAAAUGGUGACAUCAUUGAAGUUAUGAAACACAAAAACUACGACAACCAUAGACAACUUCCUGCUUACUCUUACGGUUUCGGUGAUUACCUUCUUGGUGAUGAACCAGCAAAAACUCGUAUGGGAAAUUACAUCAGCAGAGAUUGCACUGGACGUGCUAUUCUCUUAGGGCACUUGGAAAACUACAUAUUAGCUAACUCUACCAUUGUUAACACCAUCCUUGUUAACCCAACUAUCACCGACCAACAAAAAGCUUCUGUUGUCAGCAUUAUCGAAGCUAGCUUAGAAGACAUCAAAUCACAAGACGAAAAAAUCGAAAACAUUUCCGAACCCGUUGAGUUAGGUAACCUCGUUUUCGACUACAAAGAACCCAACGAACAAAAUGACAAAGUUCAAAGCAAACAAUCGCACCACAAGAAACAAGAAUACCAGGAUUUUGAAGAUGAGGAAAACCAAUUCUCUGGAGCUUAUAAUAGACUAAGAAGACCCCGUUCUAUAAAUAAAUAUUCAAGAAGCCAAUCUUCUGAUGACGAAUUCUAUUAUACACAAGACAAACCCGAACUUUCUGAAGCUCCCAAAUCCCCUCUCUUGUCCCUAACUACUGGAUAUGAAGGAAAAUCAAUCAAGAAAGCCGGUAACAUCGUAAAAUUGGCCGAAAAGAUUGCCAAAAAAAUCGGUAAUGAAUUAUACGACUCAGACAGAGAUCAUCACGAAACCACUUUAGAAAGAUUCGUCAAUCUUGCUUCUCUAAUCCGUUUGAUGAACGAAGAAGAACUCAAACAAUUGUCUGAAAAACUUUAUAGCCAAGCUGAAGAAGGUAUUGAAAAAGCCACCUGGAGUGCUCUGCGUGAUGCCGUCCCUGAAUCUGGAACAGGACCCGCCUUCCUGAUGAUUAAAUCUUGGAUUGAAACAGGCAAAAUCCAAUCCGAAGAAGCUGCCCAAGUUGUAUCAACCUAUGCUAAGGCUAAUCGUCAACCUACACUCCAAGAGAUGAAAUCAUUCUUCGAAUUUACCAAGAAAGAGAAAGUUAUGCGCCAAUGGCCUCUUAACGAUACUGUCCUCAUAAGUUUCGGUUAUCUCGUACGUUCUGUCUACGUCGAUGAUAAAUUCUCCAAAUCCGAAUAUCCCGAAAAAGCUUUCGGACCUUACAAUACCGAAGAAGGAAAACGUUUUAUCAGCGAGGAAGUCAUCCCAUACUACUCCGAAAUGUUGAAAAAAUCCGUACAAAAUGCCGAAACCCACAAAAUCCAUGCUUACAUCGCUGUUCUUGGAAGAAUCGCCCACCCUGAAAUAUUAGCCGCUUUUGAACCUUUCUUAGAAGGAAAACAACAAUGUUCUCAAUUCCAACGUAUGUUGAUGAUCCUUUCAUUGGAAAAACUCGUUGAAACACAUCCCGACCUAACUCUCGCUGUUUUGUACAGAACAUACCAAAACCCCGGAGAACAUCCCGCAGUAAGAAUCGCUUGUGUCUUCCACAUCAUGCGUUCAGGCCCUACAACAGAAAUUCUCCAAGCUAUGGCUCAAUACACUAAUAUUGAAAAGAAUGAAUAUGUUAAUGCUGUUGUCAAACACACCAUUUUACAACUCUCCGAACUCGAAGACGGUGACCAGUUCGCUAUUAUCCGUGACAGUGCUAGAGCAGCCAGGCCUCUGCUUACCAAAAAAACGUACGGACUUAACUUUGGCAGAAACUACCUUCGUGGAUUCAUCAUCGAUCAAUUAAACAAACAUGAAAAAACUUCUGCUCAAUUCAUUCCCAGCGAAGAUGCCUACAUUCCCAAAGGAAUGAGAUACACAUCCAGAUCAUCAUGGGCCGGACUUUUCCAUAAAGAAAUCAACAUUCAAGCUUUCGUUUCCAGUGUUGAUCAACUAAUUGAUGUUGCAUACAGACAAACUAAACAUUUCGACAAAGAACAAAAACAACAAAGAGAACAUGCUCAACAACAAGGCGAAUACCCUUGGUCUAGCCAAAACAUUGCCAAGCUUUUAGACAUAAAAGCCGAUGAACGUGAGCAACUUGAAGGAUACUUAUCAAUGGAAUUCACCACUCCCCACAGGAUGUUCGGAUUCGAUAACAAUACCAUGAACCAAUUACAAGAAGUUGUCCAAGAAAUGGAACAAAAAUUGAGAAACGGAGAAAAAAUUAACCACUACAAACUAAUCAACCACAAGGAAAUGGUGUUAGCCCUUCCUACUGUUAUGGGUAUCCCAUUCGUCUUCCAUUACGCCACUCCUAUGCUCAUUAAGGCACAUGGAGAAAUCAUGGCUGUUGCCAACCCAGAAUUAUCCCAAGGACGCUACCUUCAACAACCCGACCAAAUCAAAAUUGUAUCUGAAAUGAGAAUCACCGUAAGUGGAAAAACUCAAGGACGUGUCAUGUUUUUCGCUCCCUUCGAACAUCAACAAUACAUCAGUGGUUACGAUAAACACUGGGAAUUGAACUUGCCCAAGAUGAGGACCCAAAUGAAAGUCGAUUGGAAACAACAAGAACUUACAGUUGAAAUCGAACCUAAACAAGAAAACAAAAUUAACCUUUUACAUUACCGCACUUGGCCAUACACCGCUAAAGUUGAUGUAUUGAACUUCGAACCUUUGAGUACCCAGACUUCCCAAAAGAACGUCUGGGUUGUUGAACCACAAAACAUGCAAGCCUACAAAACUGUUGUCGGCCAAAAAUCUACCGGAAUUGCUCUUGAAGUAGAAAUUCGUCAUGAAAGGAAGAACGUACAUAUCGACCUCCUCCGUCGUGUCUUCUCUAACAACGGUAUUUUUGAUGGUUUGAGAGAACUUUGGGAAGACAGUUACAUCCAAAACAGCCAAUUCGGCAUCACUUAUCUUCCAGAACAAUCUACUGUUAACAAGAUCACUCUUCGUUCCAAAUACGAUCAAGAGUAUCGUCAAAAUGCUGAACCCAGACAAGGAAAAUAUGUAUUAAACGAAAAAGCUGAACCAGCUCAAAGACAACUAGAACUUAUGAAGGAAGUAUCUGCUGAUAUCAAGAAUGUUCAAGUAUUUGCUUUAGACAACACCAUCGAAUUCCAAGGAGAAAAAGAUGUCCAAUAUCUACUCACAGCUGCUGCAGCCAAGAGCAAUGUUGACCCUAAAUCAUUUGCUAGAAUUUGCUACAAGAAGAGCUCAAACGACCAACAAGUCAAGGAUUACGAAGUACAUAUCGUUGCACGUAAAGAAGCUGAAAACACAAACGCCAUGGACUUGGAAUAUACUUUCCAAAACGAACCUGAAAUGAAAAGCGAAAUCGAAGCCGUUUUCGGAGAAUCCCAAGGAAAACUCUCCAAAUUGAAAGCCAAAUUGGUAAACAAAAGGAGCGAAGAACGUAAACGUUACUUGAAAAACUUGCCAAUGUACCGUGAAUGCAAACAAGAAAUGGAACAAGAUAACAAAGCCCUUAGCGCUUGUACAAAAAUAAACAUGAUCGCCAACCUUCUUGACCGUACCAACAUUAAAAUCCAACACGAAAACUUACAUGCUGAUUUGAAAGAAACCAUCCAAAUGGUAUUCGAAGCUGGUCGUGUCUUUGCAUCACCAAACACUGAAAUCAAAUCCGAACAAACUGAUGUUCAGGAAAACGAAAUCUUGAUGAAAAUAAAAUUCCACGGUGACUUAGAACGUUUUAACGCUACCAUUCAAACUCCACAAGAAGAAACCAUCGUCAGCAACAUUCCCGUUGAUGAACUGACCAGACAAAUUGUUGUUCCACACCCAGUAUUCCAUCUUCGCGCCAGAGUACUUAGCUACGUUUUUGGAACAGACUCCUACAGAGAUUUCUGUACCGUUGACCAAACUAAGAUCAACACCUUCAGUAACAGAACAUACGACGCUGAACUUUCCAAAAAAUGGUCUCUAAUGGCUUUGUACGCUCCCAAACAAGCCCGUAAACAAGAAGGAAACCAACAACGUUCUCUCCAAAAACAACUCAAAGAACAACUCGAAAACUACGUUGUACUUGUUCGCGAAAGCAAAGAAUCUGAAGAACAAAAAGAUGUCAAGAUCGUCGUCAGCGCUCCUAAAACCGACUACGAAAUCGUCGAAAUCGAAAUGAAAGCCAACCAAGGGAAAGCUCAAGUAUCCGUCAACGGAAAAGCAGUCCAAGUAAACAAGGAAGAAAGCCAAGAUGUCCACAAGGGUUUCGUACAAAUCUACGCUUUGCCAAACGGUGAAGUCAAGGUUGAAAUCCAAGAUGCUUUCUACGUCACUUACGACGGUAAACGCGUCAGGAUCACCGCUGUCAGCGACAAAUUGAAGGAUGCUACUAGAGGUCUAUGUGGUCAAUUCAACGACCAGCCAGCCGAAGAUUUCCUUACCUCAGAAAACUGCUUCGCCCGCAAUCCUCAAAAAUUCAUUGACAGCUACGAAGUAGAGGGAGAACGCGGCCAACAAAUGAGACAACAAUUUGCUAGUGACGACAACCAAUGUGUUGAGAAACAAGAACCUUUGUUCAUCAACGUAAUCACUGCACAAGACGCCAGACGUGAACCAUCAUCAGGAAAACAACAACGCCCAAGCCAAAGCGCCUGUUUGUUCCACCAAACCAAAUACAUCCAACAAAACGGUGAAAUUUGCUUCACCACUGUUCCAUUGCCAUCCUGCAGAAGCCACUGUCGCACCAACCGCCUUAAGACUAAGACCGUAGGAGUUCACUGUGUCCAAAAGAGCAACGUCGCCGAUUUGUGGAAGAACCAAAUUGACAACACUCAAAUCAGUCCAGACUUCAGCAUGAAGAAGCAACACAAGACCAUCGAAAUGCCUGUUGCUGAAAGCUGCUCCGCUUAGGCGAUUUGCGUCUGUUACCCGUAUUGAUUAUAGAUUUAAGAGCAUUCAAAAAAUGUAAAAAAAAAUAAAUUAUUAAACUGAAGUGCAAAU